UAUAAUAGUUGGAGGAUUAUUUACAUUCUCUUAGCGCAUUUCGGGUACACGUGUGUUUUCAAGGAGAUGCAAUUAACAAUGUCGAAGACAAAAUUCGACAAAAAAGCAGUACGUCAAAUGUUAUUAGAAGAAGACAAAUUUAUUGCAGAUAUUUUCUCUAUAAUGCCGUUACCAAUGCACGAAUUAGAGAAGCGGAAGUACCUACCCUCAAAAGAUGAUAACUUGGUGAAACAAGACGAGAUGCCAGUCAAAAAAGUAAAUAGGGCAAAAAAUUUUGAAGAUUUAUAUACAAGAUUGGAGGAAUUGAAGGCUGCUAAACGGUUGGAUUAUAAGCAGAAACUUCUUAAAAAGAAGUUGAAAAACAAAAUCAAGAAGAAAAACAAAAGAGAAGAACGCAUGCUACAAAAGAAACUUGCUAGGACUGAACAGAAUGCUGCUGGUUCUAGUCAACUAAGUACUAAUGAUAAGGAAACACCAAAAAUUCCAAAGCCAAAACCAGUAUUCAAUUCACAGGGUAAAAUGGUAUUUAGUAAAUUUGACUUCUCUGAGAUUGGUAUGAAGAAGAAACUGCCCAAAAGUAAUCCUCAAAAAAUUUUACAACAUUUGCAAGAGAAGAAAGAAAAAAUAAAGCAAUUAGAAGAAUCGGGUGAUAAAGAGAAAGCAGAGGAGAUUAAGGAAAAGGAUGCGUGGAAAGCUGCAUUGGCGAAAGCAAACGGUGAAAAGGUCAAAGAUGAUUCAGAGUUGUUAAAACGUAGUAUAAAACGAAAAGAACAAAAAAAGAGACAUAGUGCUAAAAAAUGGGAUGCCAGGAUAGAAAAUGUGCAAAAAUCCAAACAGGAGAGGCAAGACAAACGAAGAGAAAAUAUCAUGAAGAGGAAAAAAGAGAAGAAACUGAACAAAUUGAAGAAGGCAGCGAAGAAAGGACGUGUGAUACCUGGAUUUUAAACACUAAAUUUUUUACACAAAUACAGCUUGUGCGAUAAAUUCACUCUGUAUUAUGUUUUUUAAUGGGACUAUUUUUUUAAUUAUGAAUAUAAAUGUGCCAAACGACAGAAUGUAGUAGAAUUUCCUUGGAAACUACAUGUACAGAACUGGUUAUUAAGUUUCUGUUUAAUACGAAUUAUAAAUCUCAUUUCUAAUUAAGAUUUAUAUAAGGUCGAAAUCGUUUUACCUUCUAGUACAAGUAUCUUUUGUCAAGAAACAUUUUGUUUACAGACUUAAUACAGAUAUACGAAACUGA